AUACUCGAUAAACUAAGAGCAGGGUACAAAAUCACUUGAGAUUGAUUAGUGAACAUAUUUCUUUCAUGGUCCACAAGCUAUAUAGAUCGCGGAAGCAAGAACCAAUAUGCCAUGGACAAGUUUGAAGCUAUCUUCGUAAUAUUCUUACUGACAUGGGCCGCAGUCAGCGUCUUCGGAAGCUCUCCAGACAUUUCCACGACGGCCGGUGACACUGUCAACAUACCAUGUGUCUUCGGGGAAGGCACGUUACGUAAUAUAUACUGGUAUUACAACGAUGGCACUGGGCCUCAGAAGAUAUUGUUCCUUCGCGAGGGAGUCUUAGCUAUAGAUCCAGAAUAUGCAGAUCGAGCAAAUUUGCAAAAUGACAAUGCGACGCUUAUCCUGAAAGACAUAGCCGUGGCUGAUGAGGGGAUUUAUCGAUGUGACGUGGACCGGCAAGGACAAACGCCAGUGCCCAAUAUUAACACCAAGCUCAAUGUUUUCAUGAUCACAAAUUGCACCGGCGAGUCCGCAUCCUGCAUUAUUCAAGCCAACCAAUCCCCACCCUUACCUGCAUACUCCCCAACGUUUAUCCUGUUGAAGAUACCGAACUCAUUUGGUACCAGGAUGGAAAAAGUGUAUCAUAUACUGAUGAAGUAA